GCGGAAGAAGAAGCAGUUCGGAGUUUUGCCCAUCGCUUGUAAGCUGGCGGUCCCCAAACCUCCAUGAAGUUUGCCAAUCUAAGAAGGCCCACCUCUGGUUCAAUGAGUGAUGGCAUUUGAGCAGACACCAAAAAAGGAUUGGUACAGCAUUUUGGGGGCAAACCCAUCUGCAAGUAUAUCAGACCUAAAACAAAAUUAUCAAAAACUCAUAUUGAUGUAUCAUCCGGAUAAACAAAGUGCAGACGUGCCAGCAGGAACAAUGGAGGAAUGUGUACAGAAGUUCAUUGAAAUUGAUCAGGCGUGGAAAAUUCUAGGGAAUGAAGAGACAAAAAAAGAGUAUGACCUGCGGCGGCACGAAGAUGAUCUAAGAAAUAUGGGACCAGUAGAUGCUCAAGUAUAUCUUGAAGAAAUGUCUUGGAACAAAGAUGAUCACUCUUUUUCUCUGAGUUGCCGCUGUGGUGGAAAAUACAGUGUUUCCGAGGAAGAAGUAGAAGAAGUUACCCUGGUUUCUUGUGAUACUUGUUCACUAAUUAUAGAACUGCUUCACUGCAGCUGAAACUGUUCGCCAAGUGGAAUCCUUUAACUGUAUAUGCAGGAAUGUUAAAGAGAGUCCAUUCCAACUUUCUCUAUUCAAACAACUAUAAGGUUGACCAAGAAAAGAUUCUUUUUUUGUAAGUUCUAUUAUUUGCAAAGAUAAUAUGCAAAUUCUACCCCAUAUUAGUAGAAAAUUUAGUUCUUUAUAUGUAUUUAUAAUUUGCAUUUACAGAGCACCAGAAAAGGGCUUUGAAUUAUAAAUUAUAUUUAGCAAAUUCCUAUUUGAGAACUUAUUAUUGAUUUCUUUAAUAAGCAUGUCUCCUUUUUUAAUGGUCACAAUAUCAUCAUAUUCUUUUUUAGUUACUAUGUUUUUAAGGUUACUGACAUUUCUAGUUGUCAGAGUUGUAGGCCUGUUAUAUAACUGUCUUAAAAUCUCAGGUCAUUAAAUUAGAAUCUUUGAGAAUAACAUGUGAGCCUAUUUCUCCCAUAAUGAAGCCUGAAUGUGGAUAUUCAUGAGGUCAUUUCAGAGUGAAUAAGGAAGGCAGAGAGGCAUCUGUAAAAAAGGAGGACAGCUUUGGAGUCAGAAGACUUGACUUCAGUCCUAGCACUGUAUUUUCAAAUUCUUCAUGUGGCUCUAUUAAAGGAAGUAAGCUUCCCGAACACUGCCAUCUUCAACUUUAAAUAUAGUUUAGGAAAUGGUAGCUUUAGGUUCAAAACAGGUGCUUUAUUUUUCUGUUUUAUUUCAGUGUAUUAAGAUAUAGUAUUAAUGCUUAUAUUUGGGAAUAAGGGACUAUUGCAUUGCUAGUAUGAUGAAAUGGAUCUUUAUAAUGUAUCGUUAUUGAUUACAGUAGACUCUAAAGAUUUUAUUUUUCUAUACAUUUAAUAUUCUGUGUAUAGUAUAAGUCAGAACUCAUUUAAAAAUUGAUUUAGAAAGGAAUCCUUUGUGGGUUCGUUGAAACCUUCUUAAUUUCAAAUAAGAGAGCCAAGCUUGUGACUUAGCAGCUUUUUAUUAGGCUGAACUCUUUGUAUUUGUUGUUGGUUUGGACAUAGAAGACUAGAUUUCUCCUGACUUGUAAAUGUAGCUAAAGUAUAAAGCAUCUUCCUGGGAGAUUUUCAUUAUACCUAUAAAACUACAAAUUUAAAAGUGAAGUUGUCAUCCAGGUUUCCCCCUAAAAUAUUUACAUCUCUCAUAAAAUUUAGAUGAUUUGUUUUGGAUUACUUUUAUCCAUAUGUUUUGAAUUAAUAUAGUAUAAAAAUUAUGGGACUUAUUCUUUAUACUUAAUAAUUAAAAAUCACAAACUGAAUAGCAAAUAGUUUAUUAGUGAAUACAUGGUUUCAGUGAAUAAUAAAUUCACUUGAACAGAAGACAGUCAUCAAAUGAAAAGACUAAAUCCGUAUUAAUCGUCAGAAGAUCUGUGGCCGUUAGGGCUGCCGCGUAGAAAUCCAAAAUCACUCAGAGGCCAAAUCUGUAAAAUCAGAAUGAUUGCAGAUAAUUAAUGUCAGUGAUGUUACGUCAUCAUCAUGUCCCUUUUUUUCAUUCAUCCCUUUUUCUGUGCCAUAUAGCUAAACACUUUCUCUUUAUUUUUCAUUCAAGAACAAAUUUCCUACAUCAUAACAGACUUUAAAAAGUAAAUUUCUAUGUGUGUAUUUAAACUCUAACACGGGUUUGAACUGCGUGGGUACGCUUAUAUAUGCAGAAGUUUUUCAAUUAAUACACAGCUGACCCUCUGUGUGCCCAGGUUUCUAACAGUGAAUUAAAAGCAGUACUUUUGACCCAUGUUUAGGAAUUCGUGGAUGCAAAGGGCCAACUGUAUGCAUUGUUUCAUGUGACUUUGUAAUGUAUCAGGGACUUGAGUGUCCACAGGUUUGGUGUCUGCAGGCUCCCUGGAACAAACCCCAGAUGCUACAGAUGAGUUUGGGGCGGGGAGUCAAAAGUUAUACAAGACUUGCAACUGCAUGGGGGUCAGAGCCCCUAACUUCCACAUUAUGUGAGUGUCAACUAUAUAUACGUGUGAAUGUGUGUGCCUGUGUUUCCUUUUAAUUUUUUAAAGUUAACGGUAAACCUAAGUACUUGAAUAUAUGCUUAAGUGUAAAGAAUCCUGUAAAUGAUCCCCAAAUGUUGUCUAUUUUUCUCCUUACUGAUUGUGACAAAAAGGAGAAGCCAGUGAAAAUAAUCUUUCCUAAGAGCCAUAUAUUGACUACAGCUGGGAUAAGUCCGUUCCUCACUGUGCUUCACUGGGCUGCCCAGUUAACGAUGCAUUAACGAUGGUUUGCCUCCAGACUGCUCCUCUGCAAAUGCGUCUGAACACAGUCUGUAAAGGAUGUGUGAGACAGAGAUGUCUGGACAUUCAAAGUAAAGGCUUCUUAUGCUACAAUACAACUAAGAUAGUUUGAAUGUUAUUAUGCCAACAGAAAAGUUCUUGAUUACCUGUCUCUAUGGGAAGAAGGGGUAAUAGUUAUAGGUGUAGGCCAACAUUUUCGUAACUGUUACUGCAACAGUUAAAUCCACCAACAGCCUGAAAACCUCAAAGUUCAUUUUGAAAGAAACUUGACCCGCAGCUCGGAGAAGCAAGCCUACAUUUUAAGCCAAAAACAGUACCUUAAAGAAGAUUCGUCCUCUUAUUAGUCCAUAUGGAAUAGGCCCAUAGUACCUGGAAUCUGUAGAAUUCUGUAGAUUAUCACCUUCUAACCAAACGUGACCUGUUGGAACCUGGAAUUAAAGAAAGCAGCCCUUUUAAAAUGGAAAAAACAGAUGUGGGUACCACUAUAAAUAAAAGUAUUUCUUGUGCGGGUAGGGAGAAAUAUCCUAAAGUUCUCUUUCAUAAAAUACAUGUAAACCCUAUGAUUUCAUUUUUGUGCAAUAAAAUAACUUUUAUUAAAUAUAA